AUUUCCCAACCCAGAGUUGGCAACCCUAGUUGGCUGUGUUUUCAACACUUCGCCACAAAGUCGUCCCCCCACCCCGCAAGACAACGCAACAUUACCAGAUGAGCGUCAGCCCAGGUGCCUGGCGUCAUUUUGGUUAGAAAAGAUUGGCUCCGGUGUUCUCCACUCGAAGCAGCGUGCUGCGGAACUCGAAAGCUGGCAGCGUUCCCUCGAAACAUUAGCACGCUUUGACGAAUUCCUUGCAAACUAGCCACGGCGCAAGGAGAUCCGGUGAUAUUUCUUUCUAGGCUGCCUCACAAUGAUUAUUCCUGUUCGCUGCUUCACCUGUGGAAAAGUUGUGGGUAACAAAUGGGAGGCGUAUCUGGGUCUCUUGCAGGCGGAAUACACAGAAGGGGAUGCAUUGGAUGCGCUAGGCCUGAAGCGCUACUGCUGCCGACGGAUGCUACUGUCACAUGUUGAUUUAAUUGAGAAGCUGCUGAAUUAUGCACCCUUGGAGAAAUAGCAUUAUGGUCUCAAGGAAGCCCAUAAGAGUUUGAUGCAACCUUCUAGAUUUUUGUAAUUAGCUCCUGUCAAUCAUGUGCUUGGCCUCUAGGGGGUGUAGUUCUACAAGAGAAGAAUUCCAUCCCAUUCAACACUGUGCAAUAAAGCUUACCUGCAUGAA